UGCGCAGGCGGAGCCCGCGUCCGCCAUCUACUUCCGGAACUUAAAACUCGUUUCCGGAAGCCGGGACGGUGUCCCCAUGACAACCGACGUUGGGGCUUGGAGGUGCGAGUGUUGGAUGUGGAGUGGAUAAAGUGAUGCGGUAUAGGUAAAGUGGCCAGAAGACGGAAUUUUUGUUGUGAUUGUUUGGGUUUGGGUUUUUUGCCAAGGCAGCCCCAUUUUCAAGUGGAUUGGGAAGGGUGAGGAGAACUGCUCUGGGGACAAAGGGAACGCGGCAGGUAGCGGUGGACGGACUGUGAAGACCGUCCUUACCUUGCGAAUCACCGCUGCCCUAAACCGGAGCAGACGGUCAUCCUUCCCGUGGAGAGGGCGGCGGGUGGUUCUAGAUAAUGGAUCCCCACAACAGCCCUGUGGUGGCCUGAGAAGUAGCGGGUAAGAGCACGAGCUCUGGUGUCACACCUGGUUGUGAAUCCUGGCUCUGCUCACCUGCUACCUGGAGGAAUGACUUGAACUCUGAGCUUGUGUCCUUGCCUGUAGGAUGGGCAUCAUUCUUUGCCACCUUGCGGAGUAGCUGCGAGGAUUAAAGGAAAUUGUCUUGGUUGACAUGUUUAUCAUGGUGCUGAUAUAUAGGAGAUAGCUAAUUGAUGUUUGUUAAAUUUAAUUAAUAUUCAUUAAGUUAAUGUUAUUUCAUGAAUGAGGAAACUCAGGCUCAGAGAAACUACGUUCAUACAUUCAGUAAGGUGGGACUUCUCCACCAGUUGAGGUGGGCAAGGUUCCUUAACUUCUCAGAGCCUCUGUAAAAUGGGGAUUAUAUGCAUAGUAACGGCUACUUCUCGAGCUGGGUGUAGGACUAAAUAAGAUAAUAAAUAUGAAAAAAGUUUGUAAGACAAUUUACGGAUGUUAAUUUAAUUUAACCUCACUCUAACAAUUCAAAGCAUUUUGAAAUUUGCUUAUAGAUUUGAUCCAACUGGAAGGUCACAGGACAACCCCAGAGCAACUUCUGGGUCUUGGAAUUUAUGAAAUUAAAGGCACAGCUCCCCUUACUUCAUGCCACCGUGUUGCUAUGGCCCUUGUCUUAGAGCAAGGGAAACAGCUCUGAUUCUGAGGAACUAGACGCUUCUCCUUCAGUGCUGGGGAGAGAGCCAGGAGCUGUUUUCUGGGGAACUGUGGAAUGUGCCCUUGGGGGCCCAAGAGAGCAGAAGGAAGAUGCUCCAGACCAGUAACUAUAGCCUGGUGCUCUCCCUGCAGUUCCUGCUGCUGUCCUAUGACCUCUUUGUCAAUUCCUUCUCAGAGCUCCUCCGAAUGGCUCCUGUCAUCCAGCUGGUACUCUUCAUCAUCCAGGAUAUUGCAGUCCUCUUCAACAUCAUCAUCAUUUUCCUCAUGUUCUUCAACACCUUCGUCUUCCAGGCUGGCCUGGUCAACCUCCUAUUCCGUAAGUUCAAAGGGACCAUCAUCCUGACAGCUGUGUACUUCGCCCUCAGCAUCUCCCUUCAUGUCUGGGUCAUGAACUUACGCUGGAAAAACUCUAAACGCUUUGUCUGGACAGAUGGACUUCAAACACUGUUUGUAUUCCAGAGACUAGCGGCAGUAUUAUACUGUUACUUCUACAAACGCACAGCUGUGAGACUGGGCGAUCCUCGCUUCUACCAGGACUCUUUAUGGCUACGCAAGGAGUUCAUGCAAGUCCGAAGGUGACUUCUUAUCACACUGGUGGAUGCCUUUCCUUCCUGACAAAAGCCACAUUUGCGGCUCUGAAGGGCAAGUGGUUGGCCCUCUGCCCCAGGAAGCAACGUGACUCUCCUGGGACAGGCUCAGGCCAGUUGUAUUCAGCAGUCAAGAAGGAAGAUCCUUCCUCUUGCAAAUGACAGUGUUCCCCGAUACAGACUCCAGUACAUAAUCCCUUUACAGCCUCCCACCUCAGUUCUGACCCCUUUCCUGCUCACCCCUAUUCCUCACAGAGGGCUCUGUUGCUCUUAUCCUUGGGAAGCCUUUUGCUUAGUCUGGCACAGCUGGAGCUCCCAGCACCCACUUCCCUUGUACCACACACUAAUGACUGAAGAAUGCAAAGAGUGAUCUUUCUGUGCUCCUGACUGGUCACACGUUAGACAUUUAGAUUUUAUACCCAAGGCACUUUUUUUACAUUUUAUAAAUAGGAAAUAAAUUGCAUUCUUUUUCCAUAAA